CUUUCGAUUUUCGUACCAAAUUGAAAGUUUCCCCCCUCUCUUUUUUCCCUUCCCGGGUAACAAAAAUAACUAAAAACCAACAAACAAAUAAAAAAGAACAAGAAUCAACACAGUAAGCAGCAGCAUGGGUGAAGAAGGCGGAGGUCAUGGCGGCAAGGGCGACAUGAAGUCCUUCCUAAUGGACUUUAUGAUGGGUGGCGUGUCGGCUGCGAUUGCAAAGACAGCUGUGGCGCCCAUAGAGCGUGUUAAGCUCAUUUUACAAGUGCAGGAGGUCUCAAAGCAGAUAUCACAGGAUCAGCGCUACAAAGGCAUUGUUGACUGCUUCGUUCGCAUACCCAAAGAACAGGGCUUUAAUUCGUUUUGGCGUGGCAAUUUGGCCAACGUCAUUCGUUAUUUUCCCACUCAGGCACUUAAUUUCGCCUUCAAGGACGUCUACAAGACGGUGUUCCUUGGUGGUGUGGACAAGAAGACUCAGUUCUGGCGUCACUUUAUGGGCAACUUGGCAUCUGGGGGCGCAGCUGGUGCCACAUCUUUAUGUUUUGUCUAUCCACUGGACUUUGCGCGUACUCGCUUGGCCGCUGAUGUUGGCAAAGGCGGCAACCGGGAGUUUAACGGCCUCAUCGACUGUCUGAUGAAGGUGGUAAAAUCCGAUGGUCCCAUCGGUCUCUAUCGUGGCUUUAUAGUGUCCGUGCAGGGCAUCAUUAUUUAUCGGGCAGCCUAUUUCGGUUUCUACGAUACAUGUCGCGACUAUUUGCCGAAUCCGAAGAGCACUCCCUUCUAUGUUAGUUGGGCCAUUGCCCAGGUGGUGACCACUGUGGCCGGCAUCGCCUCGUACCCCUUCGAUACAGUGCGUCGUCGCAUGAUGAUGCAAUCGGGCUUGAAGAAGUCCGAAAUGGUGUACAAGAACACGGCACACUGCUGGCUCGUGAUUGCCAAGCAGGAGGGCAUCGGUGCCUUCUUCAAGGGUGCUCUCUCCAAUAUUAUUCGUGGCACUGGUGGUGCCCUCGUCCUGGCCAUCUACGAUGAGUUCAAGAAAUAUUUUUAACACUCGGUACAGUCGUCACUGUCUUCGCAUCGCAGUAUUAUCAUUUUUGGUGAUACAUACUAUUGUUCCAUGCCGUCCACAACAGCUGAUCGCGAGAAUCAGCAUUAAAUCAAUCAGUAUUAGGUUUCUUAUUACGUUCCUGGUUAUUGCACAAACUUUCGUUUCCAUCACUUAUUGUUCUGUCCGAAAAUUCCCUAUAUUAAUAAUCAACAUCACUCCCUCAAUUGUUGCAAGUCCAACUAUUUGAAAGCACACAUACAUACAUACAAUUUAACAAAUAUAUAUAUAAUUUGUGAUAUAAAA